UAUACUUGUGGACGCCGGUGUCUGUGAGUCAUCGCCGCUCGGACAGACAACGUGCUUCAAGUCGUUAUUUAGAAACCUCGCAGUUUCUCUCGGAUUUAUUAGGAACCACGAAUUUCUCAUUGCCCGACAGGAUUGAGAUGUUACAUUUUAGGUCCUCGACAGUGCUGAAGGAGUUGUUUGAAGCCACCCUCAAGCGUCCUUUUCCCGUCUACAGACAGAAGACCUGGUUGCCGACCAGCUCCCGCUGCUUCUGCUGCCUCGGCGCCGCCUCCGUUGAUGCCAGAACCGCAUCUGCUCCUCUGAAGGUCCUCAAUGCCGCCGCGCGCCGCCCGGCUCUCCGCCCCGCGCCCCGCGCCGCCUCUCUCCGCUCCUACUGCGUGAAAACCGAAGCCGAGGAGGUGGAGGAGCAGCUGAAGAAGGAUGGGGCCGGCGGCGAAGCGGCCAGCGACAAGAGAAGAAACGCAGGGAUUCUCCCAAGUUUGGAGGAUUUGCUUUUCUACACAGUGGCCGAAGGUCAAGAGACGAUUCCUGCUCACAAAUUUCUCACAGCACUGAAAGCCACGGGGCUUCGUUCCGGAGAUCCCCGACUGAAGGAGUGCAUGGAAACACUGAAGGAAACUCUAAAGAAGACUUCAGAUGGCGUUACACUGGACAGGCACCUUUUCAAGAAGUGUGUCCAGAGCAACAUUGUCCUGCUUACUCAGGCCUUCCGCAAGAAGUUCGUCAUCCCAGACUUCCAGUCCUUCACCUCCCAUAUUGAUGAGCUGUAUGAGAAUGCCAAAAAUCUCACUGGAGGGCAGAAUCACCGAGGGUGGAUUCUUCCUUCUGAGGUUGCAGACUACAUUCCUCAGCUGGCCAGGUUCAGCCCCGACCUGUGGGCGGUCUCUCUGUGCACGGUGGACGGGCAGAGACAUACGGUGGGAGACACUAAGGUUCCCUUCUGCCUGCAGUCUUGUGUGAAGCCUCUGAAGUAUGCCGUAGCCGUGCACGACCACAGCACGGAGUAUGUGCACAGUUUCAUCGGGAAGGAGCCCAGCGGCCUCCGCUUCAACAAGCUCUUCCUGAAUGAAGAUGAUAAGCCGCACAACCCGAUGGUGAAUGCUGGCGCUAUUGUUUGUACUUCACUCAUAAAGCAAAGUGCAAGCAACGCAGAGAAAUUUGACUAUGUCAUGAACUUUCUGAAAAAGAUGGCGGGAAACGAGUAUGUGGGUUUCAGCAAUGCCACAUUCCAGUCUGAGCGUGAGUCAGGAGACAGGAACUUCGCCAUCGGCUACUAUCUGAAAGAAAAAAAGUGUUUCCCAGAGGGGACAGACAUGACCUCUGUACUGGACUUGUACUUUCAACUCUGCUCCAUUGAGGUGACAUGUGAGAGCGCCAGUGUCAUGGCGGCCACCCUGGCCAAUGGGGGUAUCUGCCCAAUCACGGGUGAGCGCGUGCUGAGCCCAGAGGCGGUGAGGAAUACGCUGAGUCUGAUGCACUCCUGUGGCAUGUACGACUUCUCAGGACAGUUUGCUUUCCAUGUCGGCCUGCCUGCCAAGUCUGGAGUAUCAGGAGGGAUCCUGCUGGUUGUGCCCAACGUGAUGGGCAUCAUGUGCUGGUCGCCUCCGCUCGAUAAGCUGGGCAACUCGGUCAGAGGGAUCCAGUUCUGCACAGACCUGGUGGAGCUUUUCAACUUCCACAACUAUGACAAUCUGAGGCACUGCGCCAAGAAGCACGACCCUCGCAGAGAAGGAGGCGACCAGCGGCAACAGACCUUCGGACCUAUGGAUUACGAGAGCCUCCAGCAGGAGCUGGCUCUGAAAGCCCCUCUUUGGAAAAAGGUGUCCCCCACUGAGUCGAACGAGGACAGCUCCACCACUGUAGUCUAUAGGAUGGACAAAGUCGUCGAGUGAAACUUUAAAACAAACAAACAAACAAAAACAGACGCCCCCACCUCGCCUGAUCUCCCAACAACGCGAUGGCAUCAUCUCCUCACCCUCAUAUUUAUGUAUAAAUUAUGUAGAGGAUUAUUUAUUGCUGGUGAAGCGGUUACUGGGAAACUUGUUUUUGUUUUUGUCUGUGCUGGAAAAAUGGGAUCAGCUUAUUAUUAUUAUGUUGAACUCCAAAUGACCUCCAUUUGCUUCGUUGCCUUAGCGACGUGACAAGGAUCUGAUGUGUAACGUACGCACUUCGCUCUCGUUUUAUCUCAGCACACUUUUAUCUUUCUUUACUUCUUCAUCACGUCAGAGUUUUCUUUUUAACAAUGUCGGCUAGCGCUGUGUUCACUCUACGACCCAAAAAAACAGCUGCUUGAGAGUAAACACUGAGCUGCGUGACUUUAAAUUUAGGGGUGUGUUACGAGUGAUUAAAAGAAUAUUUUGGCCGUGAUUGAUGUUUUAUUUUCCUGGUUAUUAUUUUUAUUUAUUUCCCACUUCUGUGACUUUUGGCUCCUCAAUUUAAAAUGUAGAUGAAGAACAUUAACGAAUGACAUCCACAAAUGUUGCGUUAUUUUGCAGAUAUUUGUGUUUUCUGUUAAAAUAAUACUUGAUUUGUGCCUGCUUCCGUUUCUUUGAUAUUAACGCAACUCUAUGAAACAGACAGAAGUCGUGAGGACUUUCAGCUCAAGUUGAGUUUGUUUGUGUGUUUGAUGAUGUGAUUGAUACUAACAGAGGGCAGUUUUCUCGCAGUAAGGUGACAAAAGCAUUCGGCUGUUUCUUAGGUUUGACUUGUUUACCUGCAGGUUCUGACAUGCUUCUGAAUUCUGAGGAAUGAAAGGCGAGUAAAGUCAGUUGUGUAGGUUCAGUUUAAGUCUCUCAUGGCUUCAUACAGUCAUUAACUCCCUUGGUAUCUACACAGCUCACAAAAGUAUGCAAACACGAUGCCUCUGUGUAGAAAUAAAUCUGCUAAAUGUGAAUGCAGCAUUUAUUUACUACAAAGGUGACGAUUCAUGUCCCUCACCUGAAAUCCAGUCAGAAGUUCUGCGAGCAGAUGGAGCUGGCACUUCCAGAAAGAAAAUCAGACGUACCAAACGUGGAUGAACUUAAUCUGAGGCUUUUAUCCUCUCUAGUCCAGUUACAGGAUAAAGUCAUCAAAUAAAAACCUUUUUCUCAGCCACAGUUCAUUUCAGUAAUGACCAAAGUGAUUAUCAGGUCAAACACGAGCCUGCUGGGUGUGCGAGUGAGCUGUUAACCAAAAAAAUACAGCAUGGCUAGCUUCACACGUGGAGUUGUUUCCAUAAGCAGCAGGUCAGUAAGAGACAGCUGAAGGAGAAUAGAUCACAUGCCAUUAUUUAUGUGUGCAUGGAGUUACCGCUGUUGUGCCAUGAUGCUUUUACUGUGUGAGACUGCAGGAAUUUAUGAAAGUCAAAGGAAACAAUCCGACUCACACCCGUCUGUGCACAGCAGUUUCUGCAAAACUCCACCUGCAGAUCAGACUAUAAGACUCUAACUCACUACACUCCUGCUCGAUUCUCAUUAAUAGACACAAAAUAAGUUUCUGUGCGCUACAGUUUCAUGAGGGGCCGGCACCUGUGCAGAAAUGUGGCUAAAAUUCUGAAACACUGCAGACCCAUCAACUCACCUGUGCCUGUAACACAUCCAUGGCUUUUACAUGAAUCAUGUAGCGAGCAACUAUUCCCUCCCUCUGACUUUCUGUGUUGUGUUUUGCUCUAUUACAUCGAAGUAACAGUAUUACUAGUAUUAGUACAAUUACUGUUGACCAGAAAUAUGCUGAGCUCAGCUCGAAAGCUUCCUGCUGAAGUUUUGGUUCUGCACUAACAUCCACCCUUCUGAUAACCUCUCCGCCUGGCUGCCCAAAGACAUUAAUGCUCCCAGCAACCUGUCAGGUGCAGGAUGAAACAUGAUGUUUGUGUUUGUGUGUGUUAAACAGCAGUAAGCCGCCUGCCACAAACUUGAAGAAAUCAUGUUAAUUACAACUAGAUCCGUUAAUCAGCAAAAACAGCUGAGUGCAGGUUUUGGUGGUCUCUUCAUUAAAUCCUGAGUGCAGGAUGGUUAGUGAGUCUGGCCCUUUCAGUUUUAGAAGCUUUAAUCUGCAGCUCUUCUCUUUCUAUGUCACUGAAAACACGGAUUAAAAUAAAAAAUUCACAAAUCUACAGAAAAGAGGUGUUAACCGGUGAGUGUCGAUGUUCCAGCACGAGGAACACGUUGAGUAUUGUUUGGGAAGUUUUCAGAGUCUUAGUCUCAUCAGUUUAGGCAACGUUUCUUAUUUCUGGAUGUUUGUAGCAGCAGGCGUGUGUAGCUUUCAGCUGUCCAUCUGCACACCAGUGAUCUUCAGCUGCAGACCAAAGAGUGUGUUUGAAUUUUUACUUCAGACGUUCCGGGUUUAUCACGUGAGCUCCUCCGGUAAAUAUAAGUACUUGCACAUAAUUGUCGCGCCAGCAGAUGCCUUAGAUUUCUCUGCACUGUGAGGCAGGAGGAGGUGUGUGUUUGUUAAUCGCUGUUGAAACUGUACGUGUGUUUCGUAGGUUUGAGCUCAGCGCGAUGCUGCUGGAGCCGUUACCAUUAUGUUACUACUGUCAUGUUGUGAGACGUCUUUUUAUUUUUUGUUUUUAAUCUCCUGGUAUGUUUUUUUUUUUUUUUUUUUUUUUCGUUAAACUUCUGCUGGUCAUGUGGGUGUUGUAGGUGAAACGUAUUCAAAAGCCUCAGUCAUCAUCAGUGUUGCUGGAUUAUUAUAAUCUGAAGAUUAUUAUCACAUAAAAACAGUUAUUUUCUUCUGUAGUGAUCAAAUGCAUGAACACUUAAAUGAACUCCCACGGUGUCCGCAUGUGUUGUUGGUUGUGCAGUUCAAUGUUCAACUGAUUUUGCUGAUUUUAGCUGAAUUGUUAUUUAUGAAAAAGUGAAACUGCGUUUAAAAUGCAAAUUAUUAUAAAGAGAUUUUUAAAAAUAUAAUUGCCAAAAAAUUAGAGAAAAUUAUGAUGUAGCUGCACUUUAUUUUUUAUUGUUUUAGUAAAACUAUUGAAUGUACAAACUCUUAAGUCACUGAAAAACCGAUCUAAUAAGGAGGCGAUGCGUAUGCCGGUUUAGGCUACACAGAUCCUGGGCGCUGAGCAUACGGAGAUAAAAAUAUUGUGUAGCUUGAACCCGGUUUAACGUACAGAGGACACUGCAGCUCAUUUUAUUCCCAUUUAAAUCAACCAUAUGUGCAGAGUUUUUCCAGAGUGCGUGGCUUUUACGAGCAACCAACCACAGAGACGAGUGAAGAAGAACACAAUCGCUUGUUUUACUUCCCUCACAUGUGAGUGAGGCCUUUACCAUAACAACAGUUCCUUUUUGGUUUUUAUGGACGUUUCAUUAAUCAGUUCACUAAAAAACUACACUUUUAAGACUAAAGUAAUUAAUUGUUUUAGGACUUGAUUAAACGCUGCGCAGCUCGUCGGUUUGACAGGGAUAGUUUAUUUUCCUUAUUCGCUCGGUCUUAGCUCAACAUUUCCUUCUUUUGGCCAUGAGCGAAACGAGUCGCUCUCCUCUUCUUUAAAGUAUUUGACUUUUACAUCUUUGAUGCUCCGUUGAUUGGCACAAAAAUCUGAAUUUGAGAGCCAGAGAUAAAAACUAAAGCGACCAGCACUGGGGGGAGACUGAACCGAUCCAGCCAAUCAGGACUAAUUAUCAAUCACAUCUGUCCUUCUUUGUUUUGGAAAAAUAACACAUAAACCUUGUGUUUAUGUGUUAUUCUUCCAAAAAGAACCCCAAUUAUUCCAAUCAGAAUCGUGACAGCGGGGCUUUUGAAUGCAGCAUCAACUCAUCAGAUCUGUAUUAUGGGUCUGUGUAAAGCUUUGUUCGGUUUGCACCAUGAAAGUAGAUAAAAUGAAGAAUGGCUCGAUUCAAACCCGAGUAUUAGAAAAUCAAAGAUGAUUAAAUUCUAAUGGUGCAAAUUUAACAAAAGGACUAAUCUUCGCACAGACCUUCAUGUCAUGUAUGAAUUUGUUUUCUGUUGUCUGCAUGUUUUUGUUUUUGUCAAUUUCCAUGAAUUUUCAUCCUUGUUUGAAUCCUUUUCACUGUCUCUCUUUGGUUAAUUUGUGUCUUGAACAUGAAUGUUAUCCCUUUGUAAAUUAAUAAAAGAUUUAAAAGUGAUCACUACCAUCAAAGUUUGGUGACCUCGGAACUGUGAGGUUAGAUUUUUAUAUAAAGACAAGCAGAAGAUAAAAUGAGCUGCUUCCUGACCUGAAAAUGUGAAACCAAACAGUUCCCAGCUCACAGCUGUCAGACUUUUAUGUGUUUCUGUUCGUGAAGUCUCCAUGAGCUGCCUCUUUGUUCUGGACGUGCAGACGUGACAGUAAAAAUGGUGUCGAUAUUAUUUUUGUUGCCUUGUUGUUUCUUGUAUGAAAUGAAAUAAAGCAUCUGUUUUAAAUCGUCUCA